AUGUCGGGAUGUUUAUCACCUUUUAAACGCUUCUUGUUUGUUAGAAAAGUUAUCAAGCUGCAUACACAGACAGACAGACCUCUUUCUAAAACCUGCAGCACCGAUGAGCUUAUCAGAAGAUUUAUAUCCGAGAACACAGAGGUGGUUGUGGGGAAGAGUCUGACUCCUGAGAUCAAACUGAGAUUAUUUACUCCCGACUGCAGAUUCUGGAGAGAAAAACCAGAGCUCUGGCCUUUCGAUGACCCGUACUGGGCAAUUUAUUGGCCGGGAGGACAGGCACUCUCAAGGUACCUCCUGGAUCAUCCAGGUGUGUGUCGGGGGAGGUCUGUGCUGGAUCUGGGCAGCGGCUGUGGAGCCUCGGCCAUCUCUGCCAAACUCUGUGGUGCUGCUCAUGUAGUGGCCAAUGACAUCGACCCUGUUGCAGUCGUUGCGACCCACAUGAACUCUGACUUGAACCAUGUUGAGCCGCCUAUUUCUGUGACGAAAAACAUAAUUGGCUCAAACCCCGAGGGCUUCGACUUGAUACUCCUGGGCGACAUGUUCUACGACGAGACCCUCGCCAACAAUCUCCACAGCUGGCUGGAUCGUUGCAUCAAAACCCACGGCACCAAGGUCCUGAUCGGAGAUCCCAGACGAGCGCAGUUUGAGGGACACAUCAUCAGAAAGUUCCUGCGUCACCUGACCCAGUUUGAGCUGCCCGAGUGUGUCAGAGAGGAGAACUACGGUCUGACGUCCAGUGAUGUUUGGUGUUACCAUCCUGAGUUCUGAGGACUAAAGUGGAUCAUUGCUGCUUGAUUUGAAUUUUUAAAUUUUGAAGUAACCACUAUAGCCACUUUGCCAUUGAUAAGUGCGACUCUACUUGACUGUCGUCUUAUCGGUUCUUCUCAGGUGUAGAUGAAUUGCCACUGUGACUUGUUCUCC